GAGGGAUUGAAUUUGCUGCUAGCUGCUUGACUCAGGGAUAUGCAAUACUAAAUUAUUAUUUUUUUAAGACUGGGCAAAUAGCCACCUUGUUUUUAUUUAUUGCUUUGGGACUAGCACUGUGGGAUCGGGACCCUCUGCUCUCGCGUCAGUAGCCAUGGCUUUCUCACAGGUCCAGUGUUUGGAUGACAGUCACGUCAACUGGCGAUCGAGCGAGUCCAAGCCUGAAUUCUUCUACAGCGAAGAGCAGAGGUUGGCUUUGGAAGCCUUGGUCUCCAAAGGCCCUGAAGCCUUCUAUGAAGUCCUCAAGAAAGAGAAUAUCCGGGACUUCCUUUCUGAACUGGAGCUUAAAAAGAUUCUGGAUACACUGGAGACAUAUGACCCGGGUUCGGAAUAUACCCCCCACGGAGACAAGAACGGAGAUGUCAGCAGCCAAAAUGGGGAGCAAGAUCCGUUGCCCUCUCUGGCGUAUUGGCCAGAGAAGUCCGACCGAUCCAUCCCUCAGCUAGACCUCGGGUGGCCAGAGAGCGUCGCAUACCGGGGAGUGACACGGGCCACUGUCUACAUGCAGCCCCCCAUCGACUGUCAACCCCACAUCAAAGAGGUGGUCCGCAAGAUGAUCUUUCAAGCGCAGAAGGUCGUGGCCGUGGUCAUGGACAUGUUCACGGAUGUGGACAUCUUCAAGGACCUCCUCGACGCCGGCUUCAAGAGGAAAGUGGCCAUCUACAUCAUCCUGGACGAGAACAACUUGAAAUACUUCUUCCAAAUGUGCGAAAGAGCCCAGAUGCACGCUGGCCACCUGAAGAACCUUCGAGUCCGCACCAUGGGAGGGACCGAGUUCUUCACCCGCUCAGCUACAAGGUUCAAGGGUGCCUUGGCUCAGAAGUUCAUGUUUGUGGAUGGCGAUAAAGCCAUGACCGGGUCUUACAGCUUCACCUGGUCCGCUGCAAGAACCGACAGGAAUGUCAUUUCGGUCCUCUCCGGUCAGGUGGUGGAGACCUUUGACAAGCAGUUCCAAGAAUUGUACCUUCUCUCUCGAGGAGUCAGCUUGAAGUCCAUCCCCAUGGAUGAGGAGCCAGAACCCGAACCCGUGAUCGUGCCUUCAGUUAUUCCUGUGACCCCAGCCAACGCCAUAGUGAAGAAAAUGGUCAACCCCAAAUAUGCCCUGGUGAAGGCAAAAAGUGUCGAGCAGAUCGCCAAUGGGAAUCACGCAAGCAGUGACCAGAAACUCACUGACCAACAGAGGACAGAAGCUAAGGGGAAGGCCAUUCCGGAAGGACGGGUAUCCGAACGGCCGAGCGGCUUCACGGAGACAGCGUCUCCUAUCCACCCAGGGCUCCUGAACCUGGAGAAAGCCAAUAUGUUUGAUUACCUGCCCACUUGGGUCGAGCCUGACCCGGAACCAGGAAGCGAGAUAUUGGGUUACAUCAACAUUAUUGACCCCAAGAUCAAAAACAUUCAGCUCUCCCAAAUGAACCGCAUCAAAGUGUGUGAUAUCUCCCAAGCCAAGGCACAGCACAGACAGAUGAUCAAACAGAAAAUGCAAAACAGUAAAAAAAAUCAGAGCAACCAGGAGGCCCCUGCCUCCCCCUGCCAUCUCAAUAACGCUUCUUCCUCCGCCCAAAUUCCAGAGGCCCUUAACCCUACAGAACACAUUGAAGAAGCCCCUAACCCUACAGGACACAUUGAAGAAGCCCCUAACCCUACAGGACACAUCCAACAGACCCCUAACCCUAAGGGACAAAUCCAGGAGGUCCCUAACACUACAAGACACAACCAGAAAACCCCUAACCCUUUGGGACACAAACAGGAGGCCUCUAAUCCUAUGGGAUGCAUCCAGGAUACCCCUAAUGCUACAGGACACAACCAAGAGACCCUUAACACUACGGGACACAACCAGAAAACCCCUAACCCUGUGGGACACAGCCAGGAGGCCCCUAACACUACGGAACGCAAUCAGCAGGCCCCUAAUGCUACGGGACAAAUCCAGAAGACCCCUAACUCUAGCCCAACCAAGAGGACUCACAGGAAACCCAAAACUGGAGGUACCUUUGCCAGUUUGGCCUUUAGUGAGCAUUUGAAGCAACCCCCAUGGACAAAAGCUCAAAAGCCAGCAGCGGACAAUGGUGUCACUCCUCCAGUCCCCAAACCAAGGACUGUCCACGUGACAGAUUUUAUCUCCCAGAAAAGUGUACCUGUCGAGUGUGGAGCUGCCAUAGCAGAAAGCACUCAACUGCAGCAUUUGAAGACAGACAAUGCCAGUCCAAAGCACAAGGAAAGCCCCACGAAGGCUGAAGAUAGGGGGAGCCACUGCAAGCUGACGAGGGAGGAGGCUGUGUCUCAAAAAGCUGCCACCUGCCCCAUGAAUGGGGUACAAGGGGGUGAGGCAGAAGAGGAGGAGGAAGAGGCCUACCUAACGUUCAGCGACCAGGGGAGUUUGUCUGGCAGUUCGGCCACCCACAGCCGCCACCACUCCAACACAUCCUCCAUCUCAGACGAGUACUUUGAGGUGAGAGACCGCUUUGGGCCCCUGCGCCGGACCAACUCUGACCUCCUCCCCAACGGAGGAGAGCACAGCCCUCACGAACACCCCGGCUUGCGAAGAAAGCUAAGCGAGCCACAAGUGAGCCGGGGCACUUUUGUGAGUCCCUUGGGCAGCCCCCAACCGCUGUUGAGCGUGGGUUUGGAAGAGGCGAGAAGGCAGAGGAGGCAAAACAACAGCACAGAAGAGAUUAGGUGUGUUUGGGGAAGGGGCCGUAGCCCACAUGCUUUACCAGAUGGCUACAUUACCUGUCCGAGCAAUGCUCCACAGGGACCACAGUUUUUCUGCUACGGAUCUCAAGUACAACUAUCCCCCGGCUGUGGGAAACCCGGCACCCCCGUGGCACAACCAAGCAAAAUCCCAGGAGACAGCAGAUACCACCGGGACGAAACAAGGGCUAAAAAAGCCGCCCCGGGGCGGCCAAACAACGGCUUCGGUCCUGGCAAACACAACCAACCCAGCCACCUCCCCCAAGGUCACAUCCCUGGGACAGGUAGUUUCUCGAGAGCGACUGGGGGCACGCUGUCACCGUUCCAAGAAAGCCGGAGGGUGCCGGAAGAAAUAAGGACACCACUGGGCAUCCCUUUGUCCAAACUGUCCCAAUCUAAACAUUUGAAGAACAGGGCAUCCCAAUUAUCUUAUCCUAAGACGAAGCCGUAUGGAACCACUAGCUGCAAGGACCAGUAAAACCAGGAGAGGAGAGGUCCGUC